UACCGGUCGCCGCGCCCUUAGAAACAAGCGGCGAAGGCGGGGCCCGUCGGGCGCUCCAGAGACUAAAGGAGCGCGCGAGGGGCAGCGACGGGGGGGAAUAUAUGUGGUGGGUCGCGUCGGCGGGGUUAGACUUGCUUCAUGGAGCGAGUCCCGCGACGGCGUCGGCCGUAGCCUUCGGGUAGGCGGCCCAGGCCUCGGCCGCGGACGGGUAGUGGCCCAAUUGGGUCCCGGCAAUCCUCAACCGCCAGCCCGACGACGAACCGGAGGCGAGGGAGAUGCCGACCGGGCGCUUCUCGGGCAUGUCGUCCGUCCUUUCGGCGGCCCAGCGCAAUUCCGAGGGGCACGGCUGGCCGCGUAAUCUAGCAGCCUUCUUCGACUUCGUGGAGGAACUCUUGCGGCGCUUCCGCUGCGGCGACGGUUGUUGCGGAGGCGUCUCCGCAGAGAGCUCGUCCUCCUCGACGACGGGGACCGGGGGCGCCCGGACCGGGAAGCCGUCCCACGACACCGUAUGUACAAGCUUCGCUCUAGCUUCGGGCGGCGACGGCGGGGGCGUCACGAUCUUCGGCGCGAACAAUGAUCUAGCGUCGCCGAAGAAGGUGUCCUGGGCGUCGUCGAAGAGGGACCUGCGUUCCGGAGUCGGGCGCGCCACGAAACGGGAAGGACGCGGCUCUCCCCACAUGCCGACCUCCUCGUUCCCGAUGCGGGCCUCGCCCCAGGACGGGACGUCAAAAACUAAAUCGUCGAAGAUGGCCUGCGGGGGCAACAUGGGUGCCGGAUUCACGCGUUCGCGCGAAGCAGGAAAGGGCACGCACCUCCGGCGACGGCGCCUGCAUGCUGCCCGGGCCCGACCGGGGCCUCCCGGAAGCUGCCCCCGCACCCCCAGAGCCGGGGCGCGGCGCGCUCUCCGGCGCACGCGAACAACAGCGCUCGGCAGAAAGACGGGGCGUGCAGCACGGAGAGCUUAA